AUGGCUGUGGAGGGCUUCGAAGGGUUUUCUUCUGCAGAUGCUCUGCGCGCGAACCCCUGCAACGCUUCUUCUGGACCUGUCGGUAGCGCUAACGCGACCAUCACGGACAUCACAGACGCGCAUGAGGCGUUGGCGCUAUUGCAGGGUUCACGUCGCGGAGCUGGGAAGACUAAACUAAAAUGCCUUUCUGCGCCUUUGGGCAACCCCACCGGAAGGCAGGCCUGCAGCCAGCGUGCCGCACAGUCACGUCACUGCCGCGGUUGGGCAGGUGAAGCUGCAGCUGGCGGGGUGUUCGCAAGCCCACAUGUUCCUCGUGGACUCGCCCUGCAUCUUGUGGGACGCCCACUCGUCCUGUCAAAACAGCCGUACCAUGGGCGACAGCUGAAGAGCCGGCUGGUUCCACAGUCGAGCCAACGUCGCGCGAGAAGGGGUCCUGUCGUUCCGGCGCUGGAGGGCCCACAGAAGUACCGCGAGCGAGGAUUUGGAGCUGCUGCACCAUCUCAGGAGCUGCACCAGCAACUGCAAGCUAGAGCUGCACCUUGGGAAAAGCCAUGUCGCCCGACCACUAGGAAGCGGCACAUGCAUCCGCGCGCCCAAUCACAUAAUUCUACGCCGUUGAUAUGCCACUUCGAGAAUCAAAAACUGACCAGGUGGCCCUUGCAUUUUCGAUGCAGCACGCCAGAACGAACGAAAGGGCAAUCGGCCAUUCCACAGCGCCCGUGCAGUCCUAGAGAAACUCUAACCUCUGCGAUGCCUCAGAUUCUGUCCCUUGCGUCCCUUGCGUUGCAAGCAUGCCAUACACAGCUAGCUGCAAACUUUCAUGCUCCCUCUGGCAGCCUCGUUGCAAAGUCAUUCGCGGCAGACGGCAUCUGUAGCGACAUUGAAGGUUGACCGUGCUUCUGUGAGCACGCGCAUUGCCGUUAGACGAG